AUGUUUUUUAUCAAAGACCUUUCGCUUAAUAUCACCCUUCAUCCCUCCUUUUUCGGCCCCCGAAUGAAGCAAUAUCUCAAGGCAAAGUUACUAGAAGAGGUUGAAGGUUCCUGUACGGGUAAAUUCGGGUAUAUUCUUUGUGUGCUGGACUACGAUAAUAUAGAUAUUCAACGUGGGAGAAUACUACCCACUGAUGGAUCGGCCGAGUUCAACGUGAAAUAUAGAGCCGUCGUUUUUAAGCCGUUCAAAGGGGAAGUGGUGGAUGGCACAGUCGUUUCAUGUUCCCAACACGGGUUCGAAGUGCAAGUGGGUCCGAUGAAGGUAUUUGUCACCAAGCACUUGAUGCCCCAGGAUCUGACCUUUAACGCAGGCUCCAAUCCUCCAUCAUACCAAAGUUCGGAAGAUGUCAUUACAAUAAAAAGUAGAAUUAGAGUUAAAAUCGAAGGUUGUAUCAGCCAAGUGAGUUCCAUUCACGCAAUCGGUAGUAUCAAAGAAGAUUACUUGGGCGCUAUUUAA